UAUGUCAGAGAGGUCUUUAUCUCCAACCGAUUAUUAUGAAUUGAAGCAUGUCAAAUCCAUCAAAGUCAAUUAAAACUCUAUCAAAAAGAGAAGAUCAAUAUAUUAAAAAAGCAAUCUCUAAUUGCAACUGGAAUCUAACAGAUGCAAUCUCUCCUGUGAGUGUUCCAAUUGUGGUAAACCCAAUGGAUUUUAAUUGAAGAUCCAUGUGGAAUUGCCGCUCAAGGAAACUAGGUAUGCAUUCAUCCAAUAUAUCCAAGAUAUCAGAAAAAACAAAGGAUCCUGAAAAAAUUCAAAGCUGUCGGAAACGCUAUUAUUUUCAUUCUCAUUUAUAAAUUGGAGGCUAUCAAAAAUUGGAAAAAGAAAAUGCAUAACCUUAAACUCUCUAAGAACUUAACAAUCCUAAGAAGACCUGCAGUUUUGUAAACAGGUAAUUUAUUACCAAAUACUCAGCCUAAUAAAUAAUCAACCAAGUACAUUUUAUCUUUUGAAAGAUCGAAAUAUUAUCCUAACCCAUCAAUUUCCAUCCAAGAAUUCCCUUGAAUUAUCAAAAGGUCAUCAUACUGAGUUCUCUCAUACAAUCUACACUCAAUAAACCUCAAGCAACCCUAGAGAGCUAAGACCCUUUGAUCCCUCUCCUGCCAGACCCAAAUCUCGUCCUUAAAUCGAUAAUUCAGGUAAGCAUAUCAUUUAUUUAAAGGUAAAAUAAAAAAUGGAAAUGAGUAUUUCUCUGAAGUGUAACAACUAUAAACGAGUAAAGAAAGCUAAACUAAGUUAAAGAGAUUAGUAAGAUCGAAAGCAAUACAGAAAACAGUUGAAAUGUGCUCAUGCAAAUCAUAAAACACAUUGCAAAACAGUCAAGAUGAAGAAGUCUUAAUGAAUGAAUCAGUUCAUCGAUUUCAAUAAUCAAAUUAAAAAGUAUCAAGAAGAAGGAGUUCAAUUUAAUUAUAUUUGGAUAAGAUAUUUAAAAACACAGAAUCUGUAAAAAAAGAAAAUAAUUUAAAACCCUUGAAUAUUUUUAAUGAGGAAAUCAACAAAUCAAAAAGCAAAUAUCACCUCAGAUCCACUUCUUAAUUUUAUCUAACUAAUUCACAAUCAUAAUUGGUACCAUAUUAUGAACAAAUUCGAACUACAACUAAUAGUUCUUAUUACAAUAACAAAAAAAAUGGUAUCAAGACAAUGACUCUGGUUAAAAACAAAAGUAAAGCUAUAAAAAUAAAAAAGUGA